GCCGCGCCCCAGAGUUCUUUGCGUACAGGUGGUUGCCUUAGCUCCGGGCGCGCGUCGGCUCCGGAAGUCCUGCGAGGGGGACGGUGGGCCCUCGGCCCGGGCGACUAUGGCAGUGGCUACAGUGGCGGCAUUUCUGGCCGCACUGGGUGGGGCCCUGUGGCUGGCGGCCCGACGGUUUGUGGGGCCUAGUGUCCAGCGGUUGCACCGAGGCGGGGACUCCGGCCUCAUGCACGGGAAGACCGUGCUGAUCACGGGGGCUAACAGCGGCCUGGGCCGCGCCACGGCCGCCGAGCUGCUACGCUUGGGGGCGCGAGUGAUCAUGGGCUGCCGGGACCGCGCGCGCGCCGAGGAGGCGGCGGGUCAGCUCCGCCGCGAGCUCCGCCAGACCGAGGGCCCCGAGGAGGGGCCCAACUCCGGAGGGGCCGGCGAGCUCGUCGUCCGGGAGUUGGACCUCGCCUCGCUGCGCUCGGUGCGCGCCUUCUGUCAGGAGAUGCUCCAGGAAGAGCCUAGACUGGAUGUUCUGAUCAAUAAUGCAGGGAUCUUCCAGUGCCCUUACAUGAAGACCGAAGAUGGGUUUGAGAUGCAGUUUGCAGUGAACCAUCUGGGGCACUUCCUACUCACCAAUCUUCUCCUUGGACUCCUUAAAAGUUCAGCUCCCAGCAGGAUUGUGGUAGUUUCUUCCAAACUUUAUAAAUAUGGAGACAUCAACUUUGAAGACUUGAACAGUGAACAAAGCUAUAAUAGAAGCUUCUGUUACAGUCGGAGCAAACUGGCUAACAUUCUUUUUACCAGAGAACUAGCCCGCCGCUUAGAAGGCACAAAUGUCACUGUCAACGUAUUGCACCCCGGCAUCGUGCGGACUAACCUGGGGAGGCACAUACACAUCCCACUCUUAGUCAAGCCACUUUUCAAUUUAGUGUCAUGGGCUUUUUUCAAAACUCCAGCAGAAGGGGCCCAGACUUCAAUUUAUUUAGCCUCUUCACCUGAGGUAGAAGGUGUGUCAGGAAAGUACUUUGGGGACUGCAAAGAGGAAGAACUCUUGCCCAAAGCUAUGGAUGACUCUGUUGCAAGAAAACUCUGGGAUAUCAGUGAAGUCAUGGUAGGCAUAUUAAAAUAGGAAUGAAGUGUGGCAGCUAUCUAUAAAACUGGAUCUCCGCUCUAUCUUUGGUCAGGAAUAGUGUGGGUUGGGCAUUUACUACUUGAAAAUGCAAUUCUAGUUUUACAAUUGUACUGCCGAGAGGUACAUAGGGAUAUUGUGAAGUUACUGAAAAGUUAUUUUUUGGAGAACAUAAAAUUUCAGAAAAAUGUUUAAAUGUGUAUAAUGAGCAUAUCAAUGAGUGAUACAAUUAUGUUUUUAAAUUAUAAUUGAACAAGCAUGGAUUACAAAUAUUAAAGAAUGCACUGACUUAAAACAGACACCUUGAGAAGUUUUUCAUAUAUUUUUGAGUUUUGUGAUAUGUUUAAAGUGUUAAAUAGUUUAAUUAUAAUACUGGUUUUUGUGUAGAAAUAAUAUGCCUGGUGUGACUACACAGUGGAAUAAAUUUACUGAUGCAAA